UUAACACACCUAAACACACAAAGCAAUGCACCCACACCCAAACCGUAAAUGUUUUUGUUGAUAAAUUAACUAUAUCGACAUAUGAUAAACUAACAAAAAUGUGUGUUUUAAGCAUUAUCGUGGUUUGUAUCGUUCUUAUAAAUGUUACAAAAACCGUUUUAUUGUCAGAAAGGGGAAACCGGUUUUACUGGUAAGCUACCUGCGCUACGCCGUUAUAUUUCUGCGCAUGCGCGUCCUCACCUGGCGGUUCCUGAUCUGUUUAGGUUGAAACUUUUGCGUGGCACUAAAGGUCUGAACGCUCGUAUGUAAAAGGCCUCGGCUGAUUUUUACAAUUAAGGAAGUGAAUUAAAAGGUGGUGUCGACAACUGGAAACAGGAGUUUGAAAUGGCAACGUUUAACUGAUGGAUAAACGUGAGUAGAGUAGACAACACUCCCGUUAUCGCAAGGAUCUACGUUAAAUAACCUCCAUAGGAAGUCAUAUUCGCGAAAAUGCCUCGAGCGUUCCUGGUUAAAAAGGUGAACAUCACUCCUGGAAAGAAAAAUUGGAGUCAUCUCCCAGAUUCUGUGCGUGGUGACAUAGAGAUACCACUGUCUCUUUUUCCAUCAUAUGUGCAUGAGGUCUCAGAGGGCAGCCUUGCAGAGCACUCCUGCUUCACAACUCCCCCAAAAAACAACACAUUUCUACAGGUUCAGACACACGUCCUGUCUGCACAGCUGCCAUCCUCUGCUGCACAAGGUCAACACGAUCAAAGAUCAGAGUGUCGAAUGAGAACCCAGAGAGUGCCUUACUUUCGCUCAAAGAUAAAGAUAACUACCGGAAAUACACCUCCUGUUCCACCAGUCAUCUCAGAAAAUGCAAGCAAAUUAGCAGAUAUUCCAACUGAUCAAUCUGUAUUUACCUGCCAAGAAUGCGAAAAGACAUUUAGCACAGCACGUAUGCUAAAACGACAUGCAAAAUGUCACAGUGAAACGAAGAGAUACUCUUGUGAGCACUGUGGAAAAGGAUUUAAUGAUGCUUUUGACUUAAAGAGGCAUGUGCGUACUCAUACUGGCGUGCGACCCUAUAAGUGCACUUUGUGUGCUAAGGCCUUCACCCAGCGCUGCUCCUUAGAAUCUCACCUAAAGAAGAUCCAUGCAAUUACUCAACAGUAUGCCUACAAAGAGCGCAGGGACAAAUUGUAUGUAUGUGAGGAGUGUGGCUUGACUGCACAGACACAGGACAACCUGUGGAAUCACAUUCAAGCUGAACAUCCAGAAAGCAGACUAAUAACGGACAAGACAAUAGACUUAAAGGAAGGCAACACAUCAAGUUAGAUCAAGACAACUUCACAAAUAUGAAUGACAGCGGCAGCUAAAAAUGAAAAGAUUAAGCUAAUUUAUGAUAAUGAAUUAUAUUGUUAUUCUUGUGUGCACUUUUGUACUGUCAUUAAUUCUACAAAAUGAACCUGUCGGACUGAAGACAAUGAUUUUGAUGCAUUAAAUUAUCACUACACUGAA